AUGAAUUGUUCGACACUUUCGGUGCCGCCUGCAGCAGCUCAACCCGCUCAAGCUGUGCGUAGCGUACUACACAAGGCAGACAAGGGAAACACGACUGUUGUGAUGAACAAACAAAUGUACGAGGAUAAAAUGUUGCAACAACUCUCCAACAACAACUCUUACAAAGUUGUUAGAUACGAUCUUACCUGUACCUUGCAACAAGAAGUCAAAAAACUAACAACGGAUUGGUCUAAAAGCAAACUCAUCUCUGAUCAACUUAGACGUCAAAUCGCAAAAACUGAUUGCCUACCACCUAGAGCCUACGGGCUACCGAAAAUUCACAAACCGGAUACACCGGUAAGAAUUAUAGUUUCGUUCACUGAUAGUCCGACUAUCAAUCUGGCUCGUUUCCUCAGUCAAUGUAUAGGUAACAACAUCGUACCUCCCUUGUCACGUGUAAGAGAUAGUUUUGCUCUGGUUAAUGCUAUUAGGGACUUUCGUCUCCCACCUGAUCAUAUUUUAGUUUCGCUGGAUGCUGUGUCAUUGUUUACAAAUGUUCCACAAGAUCUUGCAAUCAACGCUGUUAAACAGCGUUGGCAUCAGUUGGUGGACAAAAUUCCGGUCCCACUUAACGAACUUUUAAAAGCAUUGCACAUAUGUUUUAAGGCUGCCAUAUUCAAAUUUAAUCAGAACAUAUAUGCUGAAACUUAUGGUUUACCAAUGGGCUCACCGCUCUCUCCAAUUUUGUCGGAUUUGGUUCUGGAUGAUCUUGAACAAUAUUGUCUCAACAAACUGGACUUCAAGCCUUCAUUCUAUUUCCGAUAUGUAGAUGACAUAAUUACAGCUGUCCCUUCGGAUAAAGUUGCAGAAAUGCUAUCUGUCUUCAACAGUUUCCAUCCGAGACUACAAUUUACCUCUGAAUUAGAGUCUAAUCACCGAAUUAGCUUUUUAGAUGUCCUGAUCAUCAAUGAUAACCAGUUCAUCAAAACUGAUUGGUUUCAUAAGGCUACUUGGUCACAAAGGUACUAA